CUUCACCUUUACCACCACCCUUUUUCGCUCCCUCCACACCACCAAUUGGGACCCAACACCGCCCCAACACAGCUCGCCCAAGAUGAUAUCUCGAGCGGCGGCUCCCUCGCCCUCCACCCUCUCCCGGUCCCUCCGCGUCCAGGGCCGGCCGGCCGCCCGCUCCUUCGCGACCGUUCAGGACAACGCUCCCCCCGUCCGGCACCAUGGCGGUCUGCAGGACCAGGACCGCAUCUUCACGAACCUCUAUGGUCACCAUGGGGCGGAUCUGAAGUCUGCGAUGAAGUAUGGGGAUUGGCAUCGGACGAAGGAUAUUGUGUUGAAGGGGCAUGAUUGGCUUAUUUCCGAAAUUAAGGCUUCCGGUCUUCGUGGUCGUGGUGGUGCUGGGUUUCCGUCAGGCUUGAAAUAUUCCUUCAUGAACUUCAAAGACUGGGACAAGGACCCCCGACCCCGGUAUCUGGUCGUCAACGCGGACGAAGGCGAACCCGGAACGUGCAAAGACCGCGAGAUCAUGCGCAAGGAUCCCCAGAAGCUGAUCGAAGGCUGUCUCGUCGUCGGACGGGCCAUGAACGCCAACGCGGCCUACAUCUACAUCCGUGGCGAGUUCUACCACGAGGCGACGGUGCUCCAGCGCGCCAUCAACGAGGCCUACGCUGCCGGACUCAUCGGCAAGAACGCCUGCGGAACCGGCUACGACUUCGACGUCUACGUGCACCGCGGCAUGGGCGCCUACAUCUGCGGUGAGGAAACCUCGCUGAUCGAGUCGAUCGAGGGCAAGGCCGGCAAGCCCCGCCUGAAGCCGCCCUUCCCCGCCGCGGUCGGUCUCUUCGGCUGCCCCAGCACCGUCACCAACGUCGAGACCGUCGCCGUCACCCCGACCAUCAUGCGCCGCGGACCCAACUGGUUCUCGCAGUUCGGCCGCGAGCGCAACGCCGGCACCAAGCUGUUCUGCAUCUCGGGCCACGUCAACAACCCCUGCACGGUCGAAGAGGAGAUGUCGAUCCCGCUGCGCGAGCUGAUCGAGAAGCACUGCGGUGGCGUCCGCGGCGGCUGGGACAACCUGCAGGCCAUCAUCCCCGGCGGCUCCUCCACGCCCGUGAUCCCCAAGUCCGUCUGCGACGACCAGCUUAUGGACUUCGACGCCCUCAAGGACAGCCAAACCGGUCUGGGCACGGCCGCCGUCGUCGUCAUGGACAAGUCCACCGACAUCGUCCGCGCCAUCUCCCGCCUCUCCACCUUCUACAAGCACGAGUCCUGCGGCCAGUGCACCCCCUGCCGCGAGGGCAGCAAGUGGACCAUGCAGAUGAUGCAGCGUCUCGAGACCGGCCGCGCCCGCGAGCGCGAGAUCGACAUGCUCCAGGAACUGACCAAGCAGGUCGAGGGCCACACCAUCUGCGCUCUGGGCGAGGCCUUCGCCUGGCCCAUCCAGGGCCUGAUCCGCCACUUCCGUCCCGAGCUCGAGGCCCGUAUCCGUGAGUACUCGGCUGAGAUCGGUCAAGGCGGUCCCUACGCUGGUGGAUGGCAGCCGGAGGCUCGUGCUGAGGGAAAGCUGAUCUCGCCGGGGAUGUAAAUUAAUUUUUUUUUUUCCUUAUUUUAUUUAUUCAUCAUUUUAUUCUUAAACUUGUUCGUUUAUUUACAGCCUUCGAGGAAAAUUAAAAAUUGGAAAAUGAAACUUGUCUAGGUGGUAUUGUAAGAGUGGGAGAUACUGAUUUUUGUACUCUUUGGAUAAGACUUUUAUUUUUACCGUCUUCUCUUCAACGCUAUUGUUGUUAUUACUGUUGUUAUUGUUAUUAUCGAAUCUACCAUGUACAGAGUUAUAGUU